AUGCCUGGGGGGGGCCAGCGGGCGGCCAACGCCACCACCCGAACGGGGAUGGCUGCGGGAGAGCCCCCCGUCUUCUACAGGGAGGUUUCUGCAGGGCCCCAGGCCAGUGGCACUGCCAGCCCCGGGAGGCCCGAUGUCCUGUUCCUGCACGGCCAGGCGUUCACCUCCAAGACGUGGGAGGCCUUGGGCACACUGGCACAGCUCGCCGGAGAAGGCUACCGUGCAGUUGCAAUAGAUCUGCCUGGCUAUGGGGAUUCGCCCCCGGCGGAGAUGGUGACCACAGCACAGGGCCGGGUGGCUUUCCUGGACCAUGUCCUCCAGGAGCUGGGCAUGUGGAGGCCCGUUCUCGUCAGCCCCUCCAUGAGCGGCCGCUUUGCCCUGCCCUUCCUCCUGGCGCGGGGGGACCGGCUGGCCGGCUUCGUGCCCGUUGCGCCUGUGGGCACCAAGGACUACGCUGCUGAGCAGUACCGGCGGGUCCAGACGCCCACCCUGAUCCUGUACGGUGACCGUGACACAAGCCUGGGUCUCCAGGCCCUGCAGAGCCUCCAGCACCUCCCCAGGCACCGUGUGGCUGUGGUGCCUGACGCCGGCCAUGCCUGCUACCUGGACAAGCCGGAGGACUUCCACCGGGCCCUGCUGGGCUUCCUGCGCCAGCUGAAGUGA